AUGAACAUUUUAAACAGCAACGAUAUUAAUAUUCUCGAUCUACCGGAUGAAAUAUUACGCAUCAUUUUUAAUAAAUUGAAUACGAUCGAUAUAUUCUAUUCAUUAGUAGGUGUAAAUAAGCGAUUUGAUCGACUAGCUCUCGAUUCUCUUUAUAUUCAUCAUCUGGAUUUUGUGAUCCAACGAUUUCAUAUUGAUAAUUCUUCGGUAGAUGUUUACAUUGAUAAAAUUUGUGAAAAAAUCUUACCUCAAAUUAAUGAGAAAGUAACCAAGCUCACUCUUGAUCCAUUUUCUGUGGAACGUAUUCUUGAUGCUGUUCAUUAUCCUCAACUGCAUUCAUUAUCAUUGGUCAAUUUUCAAUCUGAUAUAUUCUUAGAACAUUUAUCAAGUCGCUUAAUAGCUGAUCUUCUUUGUAAUCAAAUUACACAUCUUACUGCCGAUAUUUAUCCUGAGACAGCAGAAAUACAUAAUGAAAAUGGAAAAAAACAAAAUAUAUUUCUCUUGAUAUUAUGGCUCGGUAAAUAUUUAACUGAUUUGACCUUUUCUCAGCCAUUCUCAACAAAUUAUCUAACAUUUUCAUCUUGGGCUACUUCAUACAGAAGUUUUCUAUCUUCAACUCUCACUAACUUGACAAUAGAAGUCAAUGGUUUUGAUGAUUGUCUUUAUCUUCUUAAUGGAAGUCUCGAAUCUUUAUCUACGUUAAUCAUUCGUAUCAACAAAAUUAAGCGUUCAUCAUCGAGGAUAGAUAAUACAAAAAAACUUGUCAAAUUGAAAUAUUUCUCAUUACGAGCAGACAAACAUACAUAUUUUUAUGAUGAACAGAUUGUUCCAUUACUUCGUCGAAUGUUAAAUCUUGAAGAAUUAACGUUACAACUUUCAGUAGUAAGAUUAAGAAUGGAACCAACUUAUAUCAAUGGUCAUCAGUUAUACGAUGAAGUUCUUAACUAUAUGCCACGACUGCAUAAAUUUAUCUUCUGUAUACACACUCAAAUUUAUGACAUUGGUCUGGAACUUGAUCUGCCAUCGAGUGAUGAAAUUCGGAAGAGUUUCAUUAAAAGAAGAUUUCAAUCAAUGGAUGCGUGCGCCCAUGAUAAAUUUAUAAAUGAUAUGGCUCACUGUCAUGUUUAUUCUAUUCCAUAUCCAUUUAAUGAUUUCUUGUUUAUGAGUAGCUGUUUUCAAGGUGGUAAAUUUGAUAAAGUUCGACUGUUAUCAAUGUUUGAUGAACGUCCAUUUGAACAUAAAUUAUUCAAAAUUAUCUCUCAAGAUUUUCCUUUUCUUCAAUUAUUAAUCAUAUAUAAUCUUGAACCACAAGAAAAUGAUCAACAUGAUUCAUCUACAUUGAUUACAUUUAAUCAUCUGUUGAGACUCAAUCUUAACAAAGCACACAAAGAUUAUGUCAUACAGUUUCUUUCUGACAGAAACACUCAUUUAUCUUGUUUAAUGCAUCUUAUAAUUAAAUAUCAAACAUUAGCAACUGUGACAAAUAAUUUUACUAAUGAUGCGACACGUCUCAAUUGUGCUAAAGUAAAAAUUCUAAAAACACAUGACCUAUUUGUUCGUCCACAAAACUUUCAUUCAUAUUUUCCUUCUCUGUAA